AUGCAUCGCGUCCUCGCCGCGGGCAGCUUCGCCCUCGGCGCCCGCGCUGCCAUCCUCCCGCGCAACCAGUGCUGCUUCUCUUUGACAGCAUCUGGUGGUGACGCCUCCGGCUCCGUCGGCCAGCUCAGCGACGGCCAGAACCGCAUCGGUGGUGGCUACCAGGCUGGCUCGUACUGCCUCAACAACGGCGCCAUCACUGAUGGCCAGGGCCGUGGCUGCAUCCUCACGCCCCCAACCACCCAGUUCCAGUGUGAUGCUGGCGCGUCGCCGGACAGCGGCUUCAGCGUCAACGGCAACGGCGAGUUGGAGAGCAACGGCGACAGUACCUUCUACGCUUGCCCCGCUGACAAGGGUGAGUGGAACCUCUACACCCAGCCUGUUGACGGACAGGACAAGUGCGUGGAGGUCACCUUGAGCACGGGCGGCCAGUGCUCUGGCUCUGCUAAUGGCGGUUCGUCUGCGCCUGCCUACGGAUCCACUGGCGCUGCUUCGCAGCCAGCUCCAUCGUCUGCUUCGGUCCCGGUCUACGGCUCUUCUCAGUCGGCCCCAGGCUAUGGCUCCUCACAGUCGGUUCCGGCCUAUGGAUCUUCGCAGCCGACCCCCGUGAAGUCUUCUAGCAAGAACACCCCUGGAUACAGCACUCCUGCCGCAACCCCGGCGGAGAGUGCCUCAGCCAACUGCGAUGCUUGCCCUCAGGCUGUCUCGACCACCACUGCCUACAUCACCAAGGAAGCUCAGGAUGCCUCGCCCACCACUGUCUACAUCACCAAGGAAGCUCAGGCUGCCUCGCCCACCACUGUCUACAUCACCAAGGAAGCCCAGGCUGAGACUGUCUCGCCCACCACUGUCUACAUCACCAAGGAAGCCCAGGCUGAGACUGUCUACCAGCCCGCCAGCUCUUGCAGCAUGGCCGUCCCAGAGGAGGGCAAGGGUGUUGACAUGCAGUCCGGCCAAUAUGGCCACAAGGGCCAGCACGGCGGCAAGAACGAGCACCACGGCCAGAACGAGCACGGCAGCAAGAACGAGCACGGCUGGAAGAACCAGCACGGCGGCAAGCCUGCCGAGACUUCUGCUAAGCCAACUGAGUCCGAGAGUGCUCCUGGUGGCUACGGCAAGGCUAGCGAGACUCCGGCAAAGUCAUCUGAGUACGAGAGCACGCCGGGUGGUUACGGCAAGCCCUCAAAGAGCGAGAGCAAGCCCGCCGAGACUCCAGGUGCCUACCCAACGCCAUCGGAGAGCAAGUCCGCGCAGCCUGAGACAUCCGGACAGCAAUCUUACGGCUGGGGCAAGCAUAGCAAGAGCUCUGAGGCUUCCAAGGAGUCUUCAACCCCAGGCGCCUACCCGACCCCAAGCCAAGAGUCUGGCAAGCCAUCUUACGGUUGGGGCAAGCCCAGCAAGAGCUCUGAGGCUCCCGUGAAGUCGUCCAAGAGUUCUGCUCCUGGCGGCUAUCCCACCCCAUCCGAGAGCAAGCCCGCGCAGUCUGAGUCGUCUGGACAGCAAUCUUACGGCUGGGGCAAGCAUAGCAAGAGCUCCGAAGCUCCCGUGAAGUCGUCCGAGUCUUCUGCUCCAAACGCAUACGCGACUCCAUCUGAGAGCAAGCCCGCGCAGUCUGAGUCGUCUGGACAGCAGUCUUACGGCUGGGGCAAGCACAGCAAGAGCGAGUCUACUCCAGCUCAAACCACACCUGCGAAGACUUCUGAGAGCGAGUCCGCACCUUGGGGCUACCCAACUCCAAGCCAGGAGUCUGGCAAGCCUAGCAUGAGCUCCGAGGCUCCUGUCAAAUCUUCUCAGAGCCAAUCUGCGCCUGCUUACCCGACUCCAAGCAAGGGCGAGCACGGCAAGGGCGAGCACGGCAAGGGUGAGCACGGCAAGGGUGAGCACGGCAAGGGUGAGCACGGGAAGGGCGAGCACGGCAAGUCUACCAAGACCACCGAAGCCCCAGUAACGUCUUCUGCGAGCGAGACCGCGCCAUGGGGCUACCAGACUUCCAGCAAGGGUGAGGAGGGUAAGCCUAGCAAGAGCUUUGAAGCUCCAGUGAAGUCUUCUGAAUCCGCUCCUGGUGGCUACGGCAAGCCCAGCAAGAGUGAGUCUGCUCCUGCUCAGACGACACCUGCGAAGGCCUCUGAGACCGAGUCGGCUCCCGGUGGCUACGGCAAGCCAAGCAAGAGCGAGGAGGUGCCCAAGGAGUCUGGUCCUGCUGGUUACGGCAAGACCACUAAAGGCGCUCCGGCUGCUUACACCACUCAGUGGUAG